AACCCCCGAUGCCCCAAACCCCCAUCCUAAUCUCAAUUAGCGGCGGUGAGGCCGCCGGCAAAAAAGCCGUUCAAGCGGGACUAAAGUCCCGACUACUAUCCUUGAAUAGCGGACUCAAGAUAUUAACACUGCAGAUGGCGGACUACGCCCUCCCACACUCCCCGCCCCUGGCGGGUGCGGAAGGGGUGAAAGGGUUCGAUCUGGAACGGUUAGCGGGAGAAUUAGAGGGUAUCGUUAGCGGGGAAGCGGAUGCGGAUGUGGUCAUUGUGGAGGGACGGUACAUGCUUUGUUCUCAGCGGUUGGUGAGGGUUGCCAGUGUAAAGGUUUGUUGUGACUUCCGAUCUACAAUCAUGAAUGAAGGGAGCGCGCGUGCGGGGGGGGGGGAGAGGCUGAUAGGGGAUAGAUAUUCGUCGACUGCGAUCCGGACGUUAGGCUUUCGCGGAAGGGUUCUCACUCCACUUACACUGACUUCCUACUGUGUGAUUGCCCGGCUGAUUUGGUGUAGUUAUCCGUGAGUCGGGAACGCAAUCCCUUGAUCGCAUUCUUGACGAGUACGUUCGCUAUAGCAAGCCUGCUUUUGAGCAGGCCAUUCUCCCCACAAAGCCUAUUUCGGAUAUCAUCCUCCCCGCAGGUGGGGAGGGGCCUGGGCUCGACCUUAUCGCCCAUGGCGUCAUGGACGACAUCAAGCGGAGGAGGGGCCGGCAAAGUUUGCCCGGGAUACUGGCCAGUGUUUCGCACUCGCAGUUGCCGUUGACGUUGAGUGAGGUGGAUUUGACAACGGGAGCGCCGAGUUAUUAUCAAACUGUGUAAUGGGGAAAUAGAUGUUUGGCUCUUCGUUAGUUUGCGGAUGUAGUCGUCAAUUUAUAGGUAUUUGGCUCCUGUGCUCAAAUUGAUGAUA